AUGCGUGGCUCGGAAGAAGGGCGUAAUCAAAUCACAGCUAUCGAAGAGCGACUGGAGGCGGACGAGAAGAAGAUGGCUGCAGUCUCGCCACCCGUCUUCCUCAACUUGGCCAAAGCUGCGGUCGGCCUCGAGGCAUACGAACACGUGAUGGGCGACAAACAAUCAUGGAGCGACGCCGACGCCGAACGUCUCGGCGGCGAGUAUGGUCGGCAACUGGGUUGUCUUUGCGGACCUCCCAUUCUUGACCAGCUUCGGGCUGUCUUGAAGCAAAUGGCUUCGGUUGCCGGGCGUCCUGAAGGUUCCGCGUGGCUGAAGGAUACUGAGCCAGAGACUGUCGCUCGAUGGCGACAGAUGACUGGGAUACAGCAGGAGACCCUCCUCCGCCGCUGCGAGCACGCCCUGCAGCACACUGAGGAAUUCGUCGCACUCGGACUGCAACACCAUGGCAGGAUGGCGAGUCCUGCACAGGUUGUGGCCUAUCUUGUGAUGAUUCUCCUCUUCAAGAAGAUCUUAUAG